AUGGAAAAAAUAGAAUAUAAUGAAUCAGUUCAACAAAUUAGUAAAAAUGAAAUGGAAGAAAUGGAAGGAAUGGAAGAAAUAAUAGAAGAUUUAAUUUAUUAUGUACGAACAAAUGAUAUAGAAGAAGUAAAAAGUAUUUUAGAAAAUGAAAAAAUCUAUACAAUUAACAUAAAAGAUGAAAAUAAUAAUACAUUAUUACAUUAUGCUUGUGCUAAUAAUAAUGUUGAUAUGAUUUUAUUUUUGUUAUAUGAAUGCAGUAUUAAUUAUAACCAACUUAAUAACAAUGGAAAUACUCCUUUAUUGUGGGCUAUUCAGAACAAACAUUAUGAAGCAGUUAAAGAGAUAUUAUUUUUUGAUUAUUUUUUAAAUAAAAAUGAAUAUCUAUCUAUUGAAAAAAAAAAAAAUGAUUUAUAUGAAAAUAUGAGAGAUAUAAAGAAUGAUUUCUUGAAAGAAAAUUAUAAAUUAACCUCUUAUAUUAAAAAAAAAAUACAAUCAAUUGAUAUUUAUAAUGUUUUUGAUAUUACAGAAAAAUCAGAAGUAGAGAGAAUUAAUUUAUAUAAACAAAAGAAUAAAAUAGAUUUACUAAAAAAAAAUUUUUACAAUAAAAAUAUUCUAUCAGAAGCAUUCAAUAUAGAAAACGAAAAUAUUUUACAUUUAAUUUUAAGUCAUCCUAUGUCUAGUGUUCUUGAUAAUCAAGAAAAUUCAUAUCCAAAUGAAAAUGCAAAAAUUAUUUUUCAUGAUAAUGAAAAUAAUAAUAUUGAAAACUUUAAGGACAAAAAUGUUUGUAAUUUAAAUGAAUGUUUAAAUAAUGAAUUAGCCGAGAAUAACAAAAAUACUGACAACAUAAAUUCUGGUAACAAUAAUUAUAUAAAUGUUAAUAUAAAUAAUGAUAGUAAUAUUGAAACAGUAGAAGAAAAGACUCAUACGUUAAAUAAUUCCUUUACAACUAAUUUAGAAGAAGCAAAAAUUGUGCAAGAAUGUGUAUAUGAACUUUUAAUAAAUGAAAAUAUAAAAUUAAAUAAUAACAACAUUAUAAUAAAGAUAAGAGAAAUUGGACUUAAUUAUUAUGGUGAUUCUUUAGAUGAUAAAACAUCACAAAAUGAUAUAACUGGAAUUAAUAUAUGGGAAAGCUGUUUAAUAUUUAGUAAAUGGAUAUGUGACUUAUGUUUAGAAAAUAAUUUUUCUAAUAAAAAUGUAUUAGAAAUAGGUGCAGGUAGUGGUUUGGCUAGUAUAUCUUUAUUUGUUUAUUCUAAUGUAGUAAAUAAGAAUAAUGGUCUAAAUAAUUUAGUAAUUAGCGAUAUUAAUUUAUUUACAUUAAAUAAUAUUUCUUAUAAUAUAAAUCUAAAUAAAGAAUUAUUAGAUAUUGUUGAUUUAAAAUGGAAAGAUAAAAUUACUGUUUGUAAUGUUGAUUUGAAAAAUAAAAACACCUAUAUAAAAGAAAAUAAUGAAAUUAUAACAUAUGAUUGUAUAAUUGGAAGUGAUUUAAUUUACAGUCAAGAUAUGGUAGAACCACUUAUUUACUUCCUUAAUAUGACUUUGAAAAAAAAUGGUAAUUUUUUUUAUGUUUGUAAAAAAAACAGAGAUGGAAUUCACUCAUUUUUAGAAGAAUUAAAAAAUAAUAAUUUUAAUUUACAAUUUUACCCUAUUCCAAAACAUUAUUUUAAUAAUUGCUUUAUUAAUUUAGAUAAAAAUUUAUUUGAAACAAAAUUUUCAGAAUUAGAUCAAACUUUUAUUAUGAUAAAAUGUGAAAAAUUGUGA